CAUAAUAAAUAUGUAAAUAUUUCCGUCUGGUUGUGAGCUCUUUCUGCUGUAUUUCAGAAUGGAGGAGUGCGGUGUGUUUUUAUUGGGGCUUAUUAGGUUGAUGUGUUCGAUGUUGCUUCCUGGAUUGCUCAUCAGUGGCGUUAUGAUACUUUUUCUUGUGUUAUUUCUGUGUGGUGUUCACUUGUGGAUCAAGCAAAAGAAGCAGCAGCAGCAGUUCAUCACAGGAAAUGCUGGAGUAAUCCACCCAAUCGUGGCCUUUUUCCACCCGUACUGUAAUGCUGGAGGUGGAGGAGAGCGAGUCUUGUGGUGUGCAUUGAGAGCAUUGCAGUCUAGGUACAGGGAUGCUACAUACGUGAUUUAUACAGGUGAUCAGGGUGUCACUGGAGAACAGAUAAUAGAUGGUGCGUAUAGAAGAUUCCAUAUCAAACUACCAAGGCCUGUGAAGUUUGUUUUCUUAAAAAAGCGCUACUUGGUAGAAGCCAGUCUAUAUCCUCACUUUACUUUAUUAGGACAAAGCAUUGGAUCCAUUUUCCUUGGCUGGGAAGCACUUGCAAAAUGCAUACCGGAUAUUUACAUUGACUCCAUGGGCUAUGCAUUCACUCUCCCUUUGUUUAAGUAUUUAGGAGGAUGCCAUGUUGGCUGCUAUGUUCAUUACCCUACUAUUAGUAUGGACAUGCUUUCAGUGGUAAGAGACAGGAGAGAAAGGUUCAACAAUGUGUCUGUCAUUUCAAAGAAUCCUGUUUUAAGUAAAGUGAAACUCCUUUAUUAUUAUAUGUUUGCUUAUUUAUAUGGCUUAGUUGGAUCAUGCAGUGAUGUCAUUAUGGUAAAUUCUACAUGGACUGAGAAUCACAUUCUUGGGUUGUGGAAGUCAAGAGACCGCACUAGUGUUGUAUACCCACCAUGUGAUGUUAAGACAUUCCUUGACAUUCCUUUGGAUGAUGGGAAAAGCAGAGCUCAACAGACCAUUGUUUCUGUUGGCCAGUUCAGACCUGAAAAGGAUCACCCUUUGCAGAUUAGAGCUUUCAGAAAACUGCUGGACAGUAAAGAUGCCAAGCAGAGAUCUGCAUUAAAACUCAUCCUGAUUGGAGGUUGUCGAAACCAAGAUGAUGAAUCGCGUGUGUUUUGCCUCAAAGACCUAUGUGAGAAGCUAGGAGUCAAAGAAAAUGUGGAGUUUAAAAUAAAUAUUCCUUUUGAGGAACUGAAGCAAUACCUGGCAGAAGCAGUGAUUGGAUUACAUACUAUGUGGAAUGAGCAUUUUGGUAUUGGGGUGGUUGAAUGUAUGGCGGCAGGAACAGUCAUUCUAGCACACAAUUCCGGAGGUCCAAAAUUAGACAUAGUCAUUCCUUAUGAAGGAGGACAGACUGGGUUUCUGGCUGAUGAUGAAGAUAGCUUUGCUGCUGCUAUGGACAGUAUUCUGUCACUCAGUCCAGAAAAGCGACUGGAGAUCAGGCAAAAUGCUCGUCUGUCUGUGAGCAGGUUUUCAGACCAAGAGUUUGAAGACCAUUUUCUGAUGAUUGUUGAGUCUUUAAUUACUUCAAAGUAAUUCUGGAUGACAUAUUUUGACAGUAUGCCAGUAUACACGGAGACUUCUCUGCUGAUCAUGUUUAGCAGUGCUAGCAGACUGCAUGCAGUACUUCUCAGUGGUGGGAUAAUAAGGAUAUUGUUCUUCUGUGAAGACGGUGAAAUAUAGUAGCAGCUUUAUUUACUAAUAUACAGUCAUCAGACUUUUUACAGUUUCAAGAUUUACACUUAAUUGAAAUGAUUCGACUUUCAUCUUUGUUCUUGAAUCUGUAUCAGAGAUUAAGCAAUAUUCAGACUUAAUCAUAUUAAAUGCAAACUUAUCUGAAUGUUUUGCGUAACAAAA